CCACAAGCUAAUGUGUAACUGAGAAUGACUUUGAACUCUUGGUUCUCCUGCUUCAAUAUUCCAAAAGCUGGGAUUACAGCUGCAGAGAUCUGAUGAUGUGAGAGAAAGGCAAUGGAGAAGUCAAACGACAGCUCCGAGUAUGGGUUCAUCUUAGUGGGCUUCUCGGAUCGCCCUCGCCUGGAGAUGGUGCUCUUCAUAGUAAAUUUCACUCUGUACUCCGUGGCUGUGCUGGGAAACGCAACCAUAAUCCUUGUGUGUAUAUUGGACCCCCGGCUUCACACCCCUAUGUACUUCUUUCUGGCAAAUCUCUCAUUUCUGGAUCUCUGCUUUAGUACCAGCUGCAUCCCACAGAUGCUAGUCAACCUCUGGGGCCCAGACAAGACCAUCAGCUAUGCUGGCUGCGUGGUCCAACUUUUCUCCUUCCUGUCGGUUGGGGGAAUAGAGUGCAUCCUACUGUCUGUCAUGGCGUUCGACCGCUAUGCGGCCGUUUGCAAACCUUUGCAUUACAUGGUCAUUAUGCACCCACAGCUGUGUGUGAGACUGGUGGCUCUGGCCUGGGGGAGUGGGCUCAUCAACGCCAUCGUCAUGUCACCACUAACAAUGACCCUGUCCAGAUGCGGCCGCCGCAGGGUCAAUCAUUUCCUUUGUGAAAUGCCGGCUCUGAUCAAGAUGGCCUGUGUGGAUGCUCGCGCGGUGGAAAUGCUGGCUUUCACCUUCGCCAUCCUCAUUGUCCUGCUGCCCCUCACGCUGAUUCUUGUCUCCUACGGCUACAUAGCUGCCGCCGUGCUGAGAAUCAAGUCGGCUGCGGGAAGAUGGAAAGCUUUCAACACCUGUAGCUCCCACAUCACCGUGGUGUCCCUGUUCUAUGGAAGCAUCAUCUAUAUGUACAUGCAGCCUGGGAACAGCUCUUCCCAGGACCAAGGGAAAUUUCUCACUCUCUUCUAUAACUUGGUGACUCCCAUGCUGAAUCCGCUCAUCUAUACUUUAAGGAACAAGGAAGUGAAGGGGGCACUGAAGAAGGUUUGUGGGAGGCACUGA